CGACUUCCACCGUGCACCGGUCCCCUCGGCGGAGUGCAUUUGCCAUUUCACAUGCAAGUAUUUGCCAACCUUCGGAAGGCGGCUGUCGUGCGCCACGCCGGCCUUGUCUACGUCCCGUCGCCCGCGAAUGGCGUCUUCCGAGGCAUGCUGGACCGCGACGGCGACGAGGUGGCGCGUGCGACGACGCUCGUUCGGUACGCGCCCAACUCGACGUUUCCGUCGCACACGCACGCAGCCGGCGAAGAGUUUAUCGUGCUGCAAGGAACGUUUCGCGAUGACGUGGGCGAGUACCCAGCUGGCACGUACGUUCGCAACGCUGUCGGCUCGGUGCAUGCGCCGUCGAUCGGGCCCGACGGUUGUCUCAUCCUCGUCAAGCUGCGCUGGAUGGUACCCGAAGACACCGGCGCGGUCGUCAACACGCUGAGCGAUACGCCCGAGUGGACGACGACUCAGGGCGGUGGGCGGUAUCUGCGCCUGUACGCGAGCCCUAUCACGACGGAAACGGCGUGGAUCGUGCACUUGCCGCCAGGGGCAACACUCACCCAUCGCCUCGACGAGGACACCGGCGGCCAAGAAUUCUUUGUCGUCGACGGCAGAGUCGAGAUAACGGCCGAUGCGGCGACGUCGGGCACGUAUGACCUCUACGACUGGAUCCGGCUUCCGCCGCAGACCACCGACAACUACGCAGUCGUCGUGCGCAACCCGAGCACAACAGCAAUGACUCGGCUCUUUGUCAAGACUGGCCACCUCGCGCACUUUCUCGAUACGACGCCGGCGUAAACGCUUUUGAUAUCAUCUCAGUUUGCACUUUUUAAAUAUCAAAGUAUCGAGUGAAAAGGGCGU